AAUGAAUCAUAGCAUCAGUCGUAUCAAAAAGAAAUUAGAACACGUACGGUAGCAAAUUGCUGCCAAAGCACAGAGUCGUCUUCUCAAUCUUGCAAUGGCGUCGAAAGGAGUCGUUGGCUUCCUUGGCUUGGACGAACUAAGCCUCGACUUGGCUGCCUCGCUCCUCCGCUCUGGCUACGCUGUUCAAGCAUUCGAGGUAUAUGAGCCUUUGAUAAGUGACUUUUUGAAGCUUGGGGGAAGUAGGUGUGCUAGUGCAGUGGAGGCAGGGAGAGGUGUUGCAGCUUUGAUUGUGUUGAUAUCUCGUGCAGAGAAUUUGAAUGAUGUAAUAUUUGGGUUGCACAGGGAUGUUGUCGUUAUACUCCGCUCUACAUUAUUACCAUCAGAUAUUCAGAACCUGGAAAAGCGUCUCACAGAUGAUUGUGCGACAGCCUAUCUUGUGGAUGCAUAUGUCUCCAGAGGAAAGUCUGAGCUGUUAGAUGGAAAAGUCAUGAUUACUUCAUCAGGAAGGUCAGACGCCAUUGCAAGGGCUCAGCCUUUUCUCUCUGCAAUGUGUGAAAAGCUUUACAUUUUUGAGAGUGAAGUUGGUGCUGGAAGUAAAAUUAAUAUGGUCAAUGAUCUGCUUGAGGGCAUUCAUCUUGUUGCUUCUCUGGAGGCUAUUUCUCUUGGUGUCAAAGCUGGUAUCCAUCCCUGGAUUGUCUAUGAUAUCAUUUCUAAUGCAGCUGGGAAUUCAUGGGUGUUCAAAAAUCAUGUUCCCCCAUUGUUACGUGGUCAUACCAAACGUCAUGUUCUGAAUACUUUUAUUCAAAAGUUGGGGGUUAUUUUGGAUGUGGCCAAAUCGCAUACUUUUCCUCUUCCUCUUUUGGCAGUUGCUCAUCAACAACUUAAUCUUGGACGUUCACAUGUUUGCGGAGAUGAUGACAAUGCCACACUUGUCAAGGCUUGGGAAGAAGUCCUUGGAGUGAGAAUUGCAGAUGCAGCAAAUGCAGAAAUUUACAGUCCUGAGCAACUGGCACACCAAAAUACUGGCAAAUCUAGUGCUGUGAACAGAAUUGGAUUCAUUGGUCUUGGAGCGAUGGGAUUUGGCAUGGCAACUCAUCUGCUGAGAUCAAAAUUUUGCGUCAUUGGUUUUGAUGUAUAUAAACCAACAUUAACUCGAUUUGCAGAAGCUGGUGGCUUGGUUGGCAACUCUCCUGCAGAAGUUUCUCAAGAUGUUGAUGUGCUUGUAGUUAUGGUCACAAAUGAAGCUCAAGCUGAGAGUGUUUUAUAUGGAGAGUUUGGAGCAGUUUCAGCCCUUCCCUCUGGAGCAUCAAUUAUCAUUUCAUCCACCGUUUCUCUUGGAUUUGUGAGCCAACUAGAGCAACGUUUGCUAAAUGAAGGCAAGGGUUUGAAAUUGGUGGAUGCUCCUGUUUCUGGUGGUGUUAAGAGGGCCUCUACAGGAACACUUACGAUAAUGGCUUCUGGUACAGAUGAAGCUCUUAAGAGUACUGGUUUAGUUCUUGCAGCAUUGAGUGAGAAGCUUUAUAUUAUCAAAGGAGGUUGUGGAGCUGGAAGUGGUGUAAAGAUGGUUAAUCAACUGCUUGCUGGAGUUCAUAUAGCCUCAGGAGCUGAGGCAAUGGCAUUUGGAGCUCGAUUGGGUCUUAAUACAAGACUGUUGUUUGAUGUCAUCACAAAUAGUGGGGGAACAUCCUGGAUGUUUGAAAAUCGUGUUCCGCAUAUGCUGGAUGGUGAUUAUACACCAUACUCUGCACUUGACAUCUUUGUGAAAGACCUGGGCAUUGUUUCUCGUGAAUGUUCCUCCCUUAAAGUUUCCCUUCACGUUGCCACUGUCGCACAUCAACUGUUCCUGUCAGGUUCUGCUGCAGGCUGGGGCCGCCAAGAUGAUGCUGGUGUUGUAAAGGUUUAUGAGACGCUCACAGGUGUAACUGUCGAAGGAAAGCCUCCUGUUCUUAAGAAAGAAGUUCUCUUGAAAUCUCUUCCAGCUGAAUGGCCACUAGAUCCCAUUGAUGACAUACAAAAGCUGAAUCAGAACAAUUCUAAGACUCUGGUUGUUCUAGAUGAUGAUCCAACUGGCACACAAACUGUUCAUGAUAUUGAGGUUCUAACAGAAUGGACUGUUGAGUCACUUGUAGCCCAGUUCAGAAAAAAUCCCAAGUGUUUUUUCAUUUUGACCAACUCUAGGUCACUAAGUUCUGAAAAGGCCAGUGCAUUGAUUAAAGAUAUCUGCAGAAACAUACAUACUGCAGCUAAUUCAGCUGAGAACAAUGGUUAUACAGUAGUUUUGAGAGGUGAUUCAACUUUACGUGGUCAUUUUCCAGAGGAAGCUGAUGCCGCUGUUUCGGUAUUGGGUGAGAUGGAUGCUUGGAUCAUUUGCCCUUUUUUUCUUCAAGGAGGGCGUUACACUAUUGAAGAUAUACACUACGUUGCAGAUUCUGAUAAACUUAUCCCUGCUGGGGACACUGAGUUUGCUAAAGAUGCUGCUUUUGGCUACAAAUCUUCAAACCUACGUGAGUGGGUGGAAGAGAAGACAGGAGGCCGCAUACCAGCCAGCGGUGUAAUGUCUAUUUCUAUACAACUUUUAAGGAAAGGUGGACCAGAGGCUGUUUUUGAGCAUCUUUCCAGUCUGCCAAAGGGGUCGACAUGUAUAGUUAAUGCAGCUAGUGAAAGAGACAUGGCUGUAUUUGCAGCUGGAAUGAUCAAGGCAGAAUUGAAGGGAAUGCGUUUCCUAUGUCGUACUGCUGCUAGUUUUGUUUCUACUCGUGUUGGAAUUAUUCCAAAAGCUCCAAUUUUGCCAAAGGAUCUAGGAAUAAACAAAGAAAGGAACGGUGGUCUCAUAGUUGUGGGGUCAUAUGUUCCUAAAACAACUAAACAGGUUGAAGAGCUUAGAUUACAAUGUGGCGAGAUCCUGAAAACCAUUGAGGUUUCUGUUGAUAAGCUUGCAAUGAGAUCAGUUGAGGAGAGGAAAGAGGAGAUCAGCAGAGCAGCCGAACUGGCAGAUUGUUUUCUUAGGGCUCGUGAGGAUACUCUAAUAUUGACCAGUCGGGAGCUCAUCACUGGAAAAACUCCUUCCGAGAGUUUGGAGAUCAACUUCAAAGUGAGCUCUGCUCUGGUUGAAAUUGUUAGGCAGAUCACUACAAAACCUCGUUACAUUCUUGCAAAGGGUGGAAUCACUUCAUCAGAUCUUGCUACAAAAGCGCUUGAAGCAAAAUGUGCCAAGAUAGUUGGACAAGCACUGCCGGGUGUUCCUUUGUGGCAGUUGGGUCCUGAAAGUAGACAUCCAGGAGUUCCAUACAUUGUUUUCCCUGGUAAUGUUGGUGACAGUAAAGCACUGGCAGAAGUCGUGAAAUCAUGGGCUCGUCCAGUGAGACUUCCAUCAACAAAAGAGCUUCUUUCUAAAGCGGAAAAGGGGGGAUAUGCUGUUGGAGCGUUCAAUGUUUACAAUUUGGAAGGAGUUGAGGCAGUUGUUGCUGCUGCUGACGAAGAACAAAGUCCUGCCAUUUUACAGAUUCAUCCCGGUGCCUUCAAGCAAGGAGGAAUUCCUUUGGUUGCUUGCUGUGUCUCUGCUGCUAGGCAAGCCAGUGUUCCCAUUACUGUUCACUUUGAUCACGGAACUUCAAAGCAAGAUCUUGUGGAAGCCCUUGAAUUGGGAUUUGAUUCAGCUAUGGCAGAUGGUUCACAUCUUUCAUUCAAGGACAACGUAUUAUACACUAGGUUCAUAUCAUUAUUGGCUCACUCAAAAGGUAUGCUGGUAGAAGCUGAACUGGGGAGAUUGUCAGGAACAGAGGAUGACUUGACUGUUGAAGAUUAUGAAGCCAGACUGACUGAUGUUCAUCAGGCUCAAGAAUUCAUUGAUGAGACUGGCAUAGAUGCUUUGGCAGUAUGUAUUGGAAAUGUCCAUGGAAAAUACCCUGCAAGUGGCCCACAUCUCAGACUUGACUUGCUUGAGGAUUUGCACGCUUUGUGCUUGAAGAAGGGAGUUUUCCUGGUGCUCCAUGGAGCUUCUGGCUUACCCAAGGAACUCAUCAAGGGUUGUAUAGAGAGGGGGGUCACAAAGUUCAAUGUGAACACUGAAGUUCGGAAAGCUUACAUGGAUUCACUCAACACCCCAAGUAAAGAUCUGGUCAAUGUUAUGGCAUCUGCAAAGGAAGCCAUGAAAGCUGUGGUUGCAGAGAAGAUGCGUCUAUUUGGUUCAUCAGGCAAAGCAUGAUGGUAACCAUCUAUUACUUAAUUACUUGGUUAUUUAUUUCUUUUGUUCUUCCUGAAUUUUAUUUUUUGGCCAUGAAGAAGUUGUUUUGUCAUCCUUUUCGGAACAUGGGUAUUUUGCUCCUACGAAGACGCGAUCAAGCGUCCCAUUAUUUUAUUAUCGACGUGGUGAUAUUAUCUUUAUGUAAACUGAUGUGGCAAACUUCGACAUCAGCAGUGUGAUUGGUAUGUCAAUAAAGAGGUUUACAAAUAAA